UCAGAUCUCUAACUGAGGCAAAGAUAUCAAGUUGUGCCAAUGGCAGCUGAAGAAUCUGGCAGCACUGAAGCUGCCAUGAACCAUGUGGCAGUCAUCUUUGGGGUGACGGGGCUAGCAGGGAAAGAGCUUGCAAGAAGGCUUAUCUUGAAACCCAAUUGGAAGGUUUAUGGUAUAGCUCGAAACCCUGACAUCAUGCCCUGCAUAGAGAAUCCCAACUUUCAAUUCAUUUCAUGUAAUUUGCUGAACCCCUUGGAAACCCAACGGACACUCUCUUUGUUGCAUGAUGUUACCCAUAUUUUCUGGAUCACUUGGGCAAGCCAGUUUCCCUUGGAUAGCCAAGAGUGUUGCGACCAGAACAAGGGCAUGAUCUCCAACGCCUUGAAAGCCAUUCUCCCCACAGCAAAGGCAUUGAAACAUGUGUCACUCCAGACGGGUAUGAAGCACUACAUCUCAUUGCAAGGCCCUUUUGACACGAAAGUUCGUUACUACAAUGAAGAAUGCCCGAGAGUGAGCACAAGCCAGAACUUUUACUAUGUUCUAGAAGACUUUCUCAAGGAGAAGUUGGCGGGAAAGGUGGCUUGGUCUGUGCACCGGCCUGGUUUGCUAAUAGGUAGUUCUAAAAGGAGUCUGUAUAAUUUCAUGGGGAGUUUAUGCGUGUAUGGAGCCAUUUGUAAACAUCUCAAUCUCCCUUUUGUGUUUGGAGGAUCAAAGGAGUCUUGGGAAGAGACUUGCAUUGAUGGCUCAGAUGCUCGGUUGGUGGCUGAACAGCACAUUUGGGCAGCCACCAAUGAUGCAACAUAUUCCAUGGAUGGCCAAGCUUUUAAUGCAAUAAAUGGCCCAAGUUUCACAUGGAAGGAGAUCUGGCCUGCACUUGCAAAGAAGCUUGGUGUAGAAGUGCCUGAAGACAUGUUUUUGGAGGAGUUUCGGUUCUCAACAGGCAUGGCUGACAAGAAAAAUGUAUGGGAGGAGAUUGUGAAAAAGGAAGGACUGGUUCAAACAGAGAUGGAAGAUUUGGCAAAUUGGGAAUUCCUGGACAUCUUGUUCCGAUGCCCAUUCAAACUGUUGGGGGCUCGAGACAAAGCUGAUAGGCUUGGUUUUACAAUAAGGUACAAGACAUUGAAUUCAAUCAUGUAUUGGAUUGAUUUCAUGAGGGAAGAGAAACUCAUUCCUUGAGAGAUAAAAGGGCUUUGACUUCAAUUGGCUCAAUUAGCAAAACAGGAUGUGAGCACCACAAACUGCAGGUUUAUUGGAGAUAAAAAUAAAGAACUUUUGGCAGCUUGUCUUUUGCAUGUGCAAGUUGACUGUCCUCCUUGUUGU